AUGCAAAUGGGUACCCUUUUAAGCUGGGAAAAGGCAGAAGGUGAUGAAUUGGAAGACGGAGAUCUCCUGGCUUCAAUUGAAACAGAUAAAGCCACUAUGGACUGGGAAACUCCUGAGGCUGGCUACCUAGCAAAAAUUGUUACUCCAGAAGGCACUAAAGAUAUUCCAGUCGGCAAGUUGGUUUGUAUCAUCGUGGAAAACAAAGAAGAUAUUAAUGCAUUUAAAGAUUUUAAGGAUGAAGGUGGAGAAGUAACUGAGGCUGUGUCAGUAUCAUCUGAGACUGUACACGAACCAGCUCGUAGCCAAGAGGAGAAACCAAUGCAACAAUCUGUCGAUACUACUUCAGCAAAAAGUGCUCUCACCCCUGCUGGUGAUAGAAUUUUUGCCUCUCCUUUAGCCCGUAGCAUUGCAAGUGAACAGGGGGUUGAUUUAGCUUCCAUCGCUGGAUCUGGGCCUGGAGGACAAAUCAGGAAAGAUGACGUCCUAAAUUUUGCAUCCACUCCAACUACUACUGCAGCUCCUCCCUCUGAAGCUCAAUACGUCGAUAUUCCUAUUUCCGGAGUUCGAAAAAUCAUUGCCAACAGGCUAUCGGAAUCAAAGCAAACUAUACCUCACUAUUAUUUAACAGUAGAUAUUAAUGUUGAUGAAAUCUUAAGUCUACGAAAGCGAUUCAACGAUAUGGCAAAUGGUAAUUAUAAAUUAUCUGUCAACGACUUUGUAGUUAAAGCAGCAGCUUUAUCUAUGAAAGAGGUUCCAGAAGUCAACUCUUCCUGGCACGAUACUUAUAUCCGACAGUAUAAAGGUGUUGAUGUAAGUGUAGCUGUUGAUACAGGUACCGGUUUGAUUACACCCAUAAUAUUUGACGCACAUAACAAGGGUUUGUCAAGUAUUAGUAGUGACGUUACAUCGUUAGCUUUAAGGGCUAGAGAAAAUAAAUUAAAGCCGGAAGAAUUUCAGGGUGGCACUUUUACUAUAUCAAAUCUGGGUAUGUUUGGUAUCAAACAGUUUACUGCAAUAAUUAAUCCUCCCCAGGCUUGUAUACUAGCAGUUGGUACUACUGAAAAACGCAUGAUUCCGGAUAAUGAUGUUGAAUCUGGUUACUCCACGGCUACCUUCAUGUCUGUAACAUUAAGUUGUGACCAUCGUAUCGUUGAUGGGGCCACGGGGGCUCGUUGGCUAUCUGUUUUUAGAAGUUUAAUGGAAAAACCGGAAACUAUGCUGCUAUGA